AUGCUCGAAAAACUGGGCGGGAAGGAGGUCCUCAGCAAAGCCACAGACACCUUCUACAACCGACAAAUCAAUGACGAACGACUAGCAAAGUUUUUUCAUGGAGCCGAUCUCAUGAUAUUGAAAUGGCAUCAAUUCAAUCUCAUGAGUAUAGCAUUUACUGAAGUACCAGAAAGUUUUGAUGUAGAGCACUUGAUCUUGGUCCGCCACAAACAACUCUUUGACAAAGGCCUCGACGAAACAUAUUUCGAUCGCGUGAUGGGACAUUUUUCUGAGACACUAAAGGAAAUGAAGGUAGAUCAGCAAGUAAUUGACGAUGCCUGCAAUGUCGUCUUUCCACUUCGAUCCAUCUUUUUGCAAGGCGCAAACGAGGCAAAAGAGCGAAAAAAACAACAGACUCGACAAGGUUUCUGGACGGAAGGUUUGUUGGUCCUCGCUGGAGUCGUUGCCAUUGCAGUGCAUCAAUCAAGGAAGAAGGCGAACUAA